AUGGGCAAUAAAUUUUGUAAGCUUCUCCCAGACCAGAACGCAAGAGAUAAAAAGAGGCAGCAGAAGUUGCUUCUUGCAAAGCGUCACAUAAAGAGGGUCCGGGCAGCUCGGCAGAUCCAGGCGUGGUGGCGUGGAAUCCUAGUGCGUAGGAUCCUGCUGGUCGCUGCCCUCAGGGCUUGGACGAUUCAGUGCUGGUGGAGGACAGUGCUGCAGAGACAGAUAACCAAGCGGCGCCAGACCAUGUUGAGGAUCUACACUGUGCAGGAGCACGCAGCAGUCAAGCUCCAGUCCUGGAUGCGUAUGUGGCAGUGUCGCCACUGUUAUUGCCAAAUUUGCAAUACUCUCUGCCUGUUCCAGGUCCAAGAGAGCAACCUUGCCUUCCAGGAUGAUGGCUUUUUACGGGUACAAUAUGGAAUCACUUCAAAGCAGCCAGAGUUCCACAUUGAAAUCCUGUCAGUCUGAAAAGCCCGCAGCAUGGAGAACUGGCUCCACUGCCCUAAUAAAUGUCUGACCAGGUU